AUGUCUGCGUUUUCGCGACUCGUCCGCUUCGUCGCGAGAGAUGGCCGAACCUACCACGGCGACGCCAUCCUCCCUCGGGGUAUAACCGACAUCGCGAAGGCCAAGCAAGCCCGGAUCAUAGCCGGCGAUGUAUUUGGACAGCAUCAGGUCACUGACGAGGUCCUCGACAUCGGCCUGCUUCUCGCACCGCUCUCCUUGUCUCAGACCAGGACUGUCCGGUGCCUCGGCCUCAACUAUGCCCUCCACGCCAAGGAGUCGGGCAUGGCAGAGCCAAAAUUUCCCAUUCUCUUCUACAAGCCCGUGACCGCCUUGGCCAGCGCCAGCGACCCUAUUCCCAUUAACUCCAUGGCUCAGAAAGACACCGGAAUUGAUUACGAAUGCGAGCUUGUCAUUGUCAUCGGCAAGCGAUGCAAGGAGGUGUCAGAGGCGGAAGCCCUGGACUUUGUCCUCGGAUACGCCAUCGGCAACGAUGUUUCUCACCGUGACUGGCAGAUCAAGAAUGGGGGUAGCCAAUGGUCGCUCGGCAAGGGAUUUGAUGGCUGGGCGCCGUACGGCCCGGGUAUUGUGAGUAGCCGGGUCAUCAAGGACCCUCAGUCUCUCAAGAUCUGGACCAAGGUGAACGGCGAGACUGUUCAGGACGGCAACACAUCUGAUAUGAUCUUCAAUGUGAGGAAGACUGUCUCAUUUCUCAGCCACGCAGCAACUCUGCUGCCAGGAGACCUAAUCUUCACCGGAACGCCAUCUGGAGUAGGAAUGGGCCGAAAACCCCAGGUCUGGCUCAAGGAUGGCGAUGUCGUGGAGGUUGGACUUGAGCAGGUUGGUACUUGCACCAACAAGGUGGAGUUUGCCAAACCAGGCUCUAAGCUGUAA